UCGUGGCAUAUUUAAGGAUACUUUAGCCAGCGACACGCAAAAGUCUCAUUUUGCGAAGUUAGCUCAUGAUGGUCUUUUCAAGAGUUUUGGUAUUUCUGCUUCUUGCUGUCUCCCACAGCGCAUACGGAGCAACCACAAGUCGUAAUCCCCUGACGAUAGUUCUGCCAGAGGGUGUUGACAGUCAAACCGACCUCCCAACAUGUACUCCUACACAAGUAUGCAGCGAGGUGCGUCCGUAUCUCCCGGCGUGGCUCUCCACCGCCAGGUCUUCACAAAUGAGAGACGUCACAUGGUUGCCACGCAACGCUACCCUGUUCUGUAAGUGCCCGGAUGAAGCCUCGCCCUGUGCGACUUCGUUUGGGUUUGACUCACUCUCAGGGCAAAUAUAUAAUGGCGCCAAGUUGCACACGUGUGGAGCACCGUCUCCUGUGCCCUACUGCGCCUUUUCAACCCCGGGAGUUCUAAAGAAAGAACCUGUUAAAAACGCUGCAGGGAAGGAUACGGUGAAAAUUGAAUUGAGCUGUAGGUGCCCCGGCGACAGCAGAGCCGUGUUUUCAGAUCCAAAGCUGGAAAUCACGACAUUUGAAAACGAGAUAAAGACUGUGGAUAUCUCGUGUGAAAGGGUGUCAGAAAUUUGUAGCAUUGAAAACGAUGCUGAGUCUCCUCAAUGUUUGGACGUGUCUUACGAGUACGGGGACGAGAGCCAAAUCGUACUGGGAGAUGUUUCAAGGCCUUGCAGGUGUCCCGGUGGGAACACUUGUUUACAGUAUUAUCGCCAUUGGUCUCGGUUAAUGCAAGAAGCAAGAACUGCCAUAAGACGGAACCGCAAGACAAUUUCACCUAGCAUGAUGCAGAGAUUUAAUUAUCGUGUAAAGAGAAAAGAGCUGUUGCCAUUAUGUUUUCCUGGAAGUCUCGAAAACUCGACUGAAUAUUUCAACGAGGGCGUAAACUCCGAUGAUCAGUUGCCUCAUUGUUCCCAUCCUAACCAGCUGUGCAGUGUGGUGAAGCCGCAUUCCUUGGUAUUAGGGAGAAAAACAAUGACCAAAACAGUCACCAAAUAUUGUCGCUGCAGUGGGGACAAACCUUGCCGUGACGAUUUCACCCCAGAUCCUGUCAGGAGUCUGAUAAUCGGGGGUAAACAAUAUCACACCUGCAAAGGCAACGCUGGUGUGCCUUCUGAGGAGAGGCCUUAUCAGGCAAUGGUAUGUGAAGUGAAAACAGUCUACCCAAACACCGAGUUUACGUGGACGGAGGCCAGGGCCGGCCUAUCCAGUGACCAACUUAAACCUUAUGACGUCAGCAAAUACGUCACGCUAGACUGCAAACCACAGGGGAGUAGGUACGGGGCCACCUUUCGCACAGGAGAGCUCAGCAGAUAUGGGGCUGGAAUGGCAGGCGUCGACGGAAAUCUGACAUUAACAACGUCCCGUAAAACUGAUUACAUAUCGGUGAACCACUGCCGUUACAAGAAGGAGUCUGACGUCUGUGGGACAGUUACCCUUAACUACCAACAUCUUUACGUCACCACUCAGAAACCUGCCUGGGAGUUCGCCAAAGCCGAGCAAGACUGUAUGUGCCCCAGUGACAGCAUCUGCCCGAUAGAAAAGUGGGUCAAGGACGUCCACACCGGUAACGUCACCGACUUGACGCCUCGCUACAAUGGUCCGGUUACCGUCACGAUCCGCUGCCAGAAGAAGCCAGAAUAAACAUGACGCCAGAUAGGACAUCUGAUUUAUUGUGACCAGGUUACAUGUCAUGCUUGCCGUACCGCUACUAUGACUAAUUAAGUGCACUUCACGGUCUGGCAACUGUAGUGAAAAGAUAGAAAGUGAGAUCAAAUGAGAGAGAUAAACCUAAUUUAUUUGUUAAUUUUUUUCAUUUAUGGCUUUAUCUAUUUCUUUUAGAUAUAUUUGCUUUUCGACUCAGUCACAAUGUUGGUUGAGAGUACUUCAUGUAUGUUUCAGGAUUGAGCAAGGGGAUACCGACCAUCUUCAACGGCACUUUUAAUGUUAAUGAUAUGAUAAUCGCUUUCUGAAAAAAAAAAUGUUAAUCAAGCAUUCAAGAGAACAAUUAUCAGACACCAGUAAUACUAAAACAAACCUAUUGUAUUAUUAAAUAAGUUGAAAUUUAAUUUUUUCCACUAUUUUGGUGCCACAACAGUAGCAGAAGCAAAAGCUGUCUUGUCCCUGAAUAUGUAAUUUAUGCAUUUGGCUCAUGAGCAAACACGGGGGGAUUCAAUUUUUUACUAAGGCAAGGACACACAGAUAUAUAUUUCAUAAUUCGCUCGGCACCCUUGCCUGAUAGAAUGUUACCCCUUAUGGUGGUCACCACUGUGGGAUCUGUUGGUCGAAAUGAUACACUUUAAGUUUAUAGGCACGGUGCCAGCCAGUCAAAAAGACUGUUGGUGCCAUAUUGCUGGUAUUGAUUACAUCCAGGUACAUGUAUAUAUUGUUUAUUUGGUAAAGCAAUAUGUUAUUUGAGACGGCCUAAAACUGGUCUACAGUAUGGGAGGUGUUGUGUUUUUUUAAGGAAUGGCCAAAAGCAGUACACUGCAAUGUUAAACAA